AUGUCGAGACGGCAUUUAAGCGAUAACAGAGACAAGUCGACGGGCCUUUUUGGUGGCAACUCGCUGAGCUGUGGCGACGACGAUGCCAACCAGGACAACAGUUUGCCAAGUGCGCUGCGAGUGAAAAUUAUCUCGAUGGGGGAGAGCGGCGUUGGGAAGAGUUGUGUGAUCAAGCGUUACUGCGAAGAGAAGUUUGUUAGCAAGUAUAUCUCGACCAUUGGCAUCGACUAUGGCGUCAAACCAGUGAUGGUCAAUGGAGUUGAAGUGCGGGUCAACUUCUGGGACCUCUCGGGUUUGCCGGAGUACCUGGAGGUGCGAAACGAGUUCUACAAGGACACACAAGGAGGAAUUUUAAUGUUCGACGUGUCGUCAAGGAAGAGUUUCGAGUCUCUCGAUAGCUGGUUGCGAGAAGCUGCCAAGUUUGGCGCUGGCAAGUUUCCGUGCAUUUUGUGUGGAAACAAGGUCGACCGCCCUCGUGUUGUCUCCGAAGAUGAAGCGAGGGUCUACGCCCAGGCCAAAGGAUUCGAGUACUUCGAGACGUCAGCAUGCACUGCUGUGAGUAUUACGGAGGCAUUCCACUCGCUAUUCAGGACCGUAGUCAAUCAGGUGACACGCUAA